AUGAAUGACUCUCAAACUAAAAACAAACACUUAGUAGUAUUAAUACACGGAUUAUGGGGGUCAUUUAAGCAUAUGAACUCAAUGAAAUCAGUGUUUAAUGAAAAAUUUGGUAAAAUUCAUAAGACAGAUAAUGAUUUGAACAACAUCGAAGAAACUAUCUUUUUUGCCCCAAUACAAAAUACUUUAUUUAAAACUUUUGAUGGUAUUGAAAUUAUCGGAUAUAGAACUUUGGUAGAGUUAUGUCAUUUUGUUGAAAAUUUUCACAAACAAAAUAGGGAUUCCAAGAUUACUAAGAUUAGUGUUGUAGGUUACUCCCUUGGUGGGUUAGUGGCUAGGUUUGUUAUUGGGAAAUGCUUUACAGAAUGUAAAGAUAUUUUUAAAGAUAUUAAACCAUUUGUUUUUAUAACUAUUGCAAGUCCACAUUUAGGUAUUCAGUUCUAUGACAAAUCAAAACUCAAUUCAUGGAUCUUGAAUCCACUCAAAAGAUUCUUGGGAUCUACAUUCUUAGGUAAAAGUGGUAGAGAACUGUUUAUUAUAGAUUCAGGAAGUAGGGAGCCAAUAUUAGUAAGAUUAUGUCAAAAUGAAUAUUUUUAUGCAUUAUCCUUGUUUCAACAUAGAAUUUUGAUAGCUAAUGUGAAAAAUGACAGAACAGUGGCCUUUUAUACUGCAUUUAUCACAGAUAGAGAUCCAUUUAUUGAGUCAGGUAACACUUUAAGAUAUUUUUUUGAAUGCAAUAUACCAGCUGAAGAUUCAUAUAAUGGUACUAUUUUACCAAGAAUUGUUGAUUUAAAUAGACUGAAUUUCAAAGAUAAGGCACCAACUAAAGAUGAGAAAAUACUAAUACAACAAUGGUUUCUAUACAGAAUUAUAGUUCCAAUCAUAGUGAUUAUUUUUAUUCCAUUUGCAGUAGUAAUCAAUAUGUGUGGUAGCUUAUACAGUUACAUAGGUACCUUAAAAUAUAGAAAGCUAUCAACAAAAGAUAAGCAGUUAUCUGCUUUUGUAAAGGAAAAGAUUGCACUAUCUAAUACAAUCCAUGAUUUUGUAGGUGACACUUGUGACUCUAUUAUAAAUGAAUCAGCGCAAAAAAAUAAGUAUAUGAAUGCAAAUGAAGAUGAUUUAGCUCUACAUAAAAGUCAAAAUACAUUUGUUUUACAAGGUGGAGACGAAGAUGAUAGUGAAGAUGAUGGUGACACCACUAUUAGUAGUGAUUUGCAAUUUUUGUCGAAGCAAGUUCCUUAUAUGACUGCUAAUGAUGUGGAAAUGUGGAAGAAAUUUAUUGAUAAGUAUUCUCAUAAUAUGGAUCUAAGUGAGGAAUGGUUAAAAACAUUCCAUAAGUUACCGAUCGAUGAGAAUAGAAGAAAAAUUUUACGUAAUUUGUCAAAAGUGGAUUGGAUAAGGGUUCCUAUUUAUGUCAAAUCUAUUAAUGCACACAGUGGAGUGAUAGCACGUAGAGGUUUAAAUAAAAAUACUCCUUCAACAGGAUAUGCAGCAUUGGAAUUCUUGGGAUUACUGAUCAAAUAUUUGUUAGAAACAAAUGAAAGUUGA